CUCUGUUAAUACAAAGAAAAAUCAAGUUUUAGUUUCUGUGUGAUUAAAUUGAUGGAAAAUGAUUUAAAUUAAAUGUUUUAUUAUUGUUGAUUGGUGUUAAUUUUGUGUCUACUAACGUGUACCAUCAUUUAACUGACAAAUAAGGUGGUUUGUUUUUAUAUUAAGUGAAAAAUCAAGAUGGGGACUAAUUUUCAUAAUGUUGAAGUGCAGUGGAAUAGAAGUGAAGAUAAUUUGACAACAAGACAAGCAAAAUUAGAUUGUAUAGAUGCGAUUGGGGAUGCUAUAUUGCGAGCACAACCUAAUCAAAUGUCCAUGACACCUCAAGCGCCUCAACAACAGCAACAAGUAUCACCACAUCCAUCACAAGGCUCACAACAACAAGCACAACAACAGUCACAACAACCUCCACCACUUCAACAUCAACAAUCCCCGCUUCAACAGCCGCUACAAAUUCAGCAGCAACAGCAUCAACAACACCUUCAACAGCAGCCAUCACAUCAGCAACAUCUUCAGCGGCAAUUACAGCAACAACAACCUCCACCACCUCAACUUCAAUCGCAACCUCAACCUCAACAACAACAACCCCCACAGGCACCUACCAAGAGAAAAAGGGAAAAGAAUCAAAGUCCGGCAGCUAAUGCUAACAAUUCUCACUCACCAAUGUCACAAAGUUCAUCAUCAAUGAGUAGUCCGAAUCCUAAUAUCGCUCCAAGUCCAGGAGCUUUGAUACAAGGUCCACCUCCAUACAAUCAAGGUUACAGAAACCUACCUUCACCUUCACUUUCUUCACCAAUGAAUGUUAACAAUUCAAUGUCCAUGCCAUCACAGCUUCAUCCAUCAAGACAACAACAGCAACAACAACAGCAGCAGCAGCAGCAACAACAACAACAGUACAACUCAACCGGUGGUAAUAAUCCUGGUGGACCAGGAAUGGUUCCUAGUAAUAUGCGAUUAGCUUCAUAUGCAAGUCCUGGUCCACCAACACCUUCGGGAGAUAAUGGUCUCUCAAUGUCAUCUCCAUCAAUGAAUCCACCUAAACCUGGAUCUACAAGUAUCACUCCGACUCCCGGUGGUCCUUCACCAUCGCUCUCUCGUACUCCGACAAGUGGUCCAUCUUCAGUGUCCACAACAACUUCACCAAAUCAAGCAAAGAAAACGAAAAUUCAUCACAAUAACAAUAAUAAUGGUCCUGAUUCGACCACUGUAAAUAUUAAUAAUAUGAAUAACUCAGCACCUCACUUAAUGGGUAUCUGCCAGUCGCCUGACGUUUGUAAAGGAGAACCUCAAUUAAUGCCAGUUCCAUCACCUCAACAAAUUCAGUAUCUUGAUACCUUUGGUGGUCAGGAAUUAACUAUCCAACGUCAACCAAAUACUUCAGCGCGAGAUAAUGACUUAAUAUCACCUCCUGACUUAGAUUCAGGUUUUCACGAUUUUACAUCACCACAUCAUUUCCCUCCUAAUUCACUUGAUAAUGGUUCUCAAUUUAUGACCAACAACAAUAACUUAAAUCCAAGAUUUCCUAAUCCCUCACCGAAUUGUGUUGCACCUUAUGAUACAAAUCAAAGGUUCAUGGGUUCCGAGGGUCCUCAAAGAUACUCAUUUUCUCCCUACGAUGAGGGUAAUCGUGUGCCACCCAAUGGACCAGGUUUAAUGCCUGGAAACGGCUCAAUUUCAGGUCCUGGACCUGGACCUGGCUCUGGACCUGGACCCGGACCUGGACCUGGACCUGGACCCUUGGAUCCACCAAUGAGACCUGCCAACAUGAUGAAUUGUAGCCCAUACAAUUAUGGUGGCCCUCGUAUGGAUAAUGGUCCACAUCCACCACCGCCACAACAACAACAACAACAGCAACAACAACCUCCAUUCAUGAAUCCAGGCGAUAAUUACAUGAACAAUCAUCGAAUGCGAAUGCCAGGGGACAUGGGAAUGCCGAGGUAUAAUGCUCCCAUUAACGAUGGUUCUAUGCACCCACAAUUCAUUCCUCGAAUGGGAGGUUACCCACAAAUGAUACCUAAUCAGAUACCGUUUAAUGGUGGCCCUGGACCUCAUGGUAAUCAAUUCAUUAAGGGUAAUUUAGAAGCUGGUAAUCAACUUGGUAAUCAACCACAACCACAGCCACAUGGUAAUCAUCCCGGAAUAAUAAUGCACAACUCAGGGGAAGCCGGUACAUCACCUCAUUUACAAAAUUUACAAAAAAUGACUCCACCAUUUGACAAUGGUCCAGUUAAGAUGGAAAACAUGAUGAACAAUCAGCACAUGAUGUCUGGACCACCAGGUCCUACGAAUGGUCCUGGAAAUGGUGGACAUGGUCCAGGUCCUAAUAUGGGAGGACCAAUGCAUGGUAUGAACGGACCACCCAAUCAUGGACCAGGACCCGGUGGCUUACCUGUUGUCCAUCAUGUUAUGAAUGGUCCACCCGGACAUGGACCGUGUCAAGGCCCUAGUCCAGGAAUGCAACCGUCUCAUGUACCUUUGCCUCCAGGGCAUCAUCAACAUCACCAACAACAGCAGCAUCAACAGCAUUUACAUAUUCAACAUCUCCAACAACAACAACUUCCUCCUCACUUACAACAACUACCGCCACAACUUCAACUUCAAUCACAACCUCAACCUCAACAACCACCACAGGCACCCACAAAUAAGAGAAGCAGGCAAAAGAAUCAAAGUCCGGCAGCUAAUGCUAACAAUUCUCACUCACCAAUGUCACAAAGUUCAUCAUCAAUGAGUAGUCCGAAUCCUAAUAUCGCUCCAAGUCCAGGAGCUUUGAUACAAGGUCCACCUCCAUACAAUCAAGGUUACAGAAACCUACCUUCACCUUCACUUUCUUCACCAAUGAAUGUUAACAAUUCAAUGUCCAUGCCAUCACAGCUUCAUCCAUCAAGACAACAACAGCAACAACAACAGCAGCAGCAGCAACAACAACAACAGUACAACUCAACCGGUGGUAAUAAUCCUGGUGGACCAGGAAUGGUUCCUAGUAAUAUGCGAUUAGCUUCAUAUGCAAGUCCUGGUCCACCAACACCUUCGGGAGACAAUGGUCUCUCAAUGUCAUCUCCAUCAAUGAAUCCACCUAAACCUGGAUCUACAAGUAUCACUCCGACUCCCGGUGGUCCUUCACCAUCGCUCUCUCGUACUCCGACAAGUGGUCCAUCUUCAGUGUCCACAACAACUUCACCAAAUCAAGCAAAGAAAACGAAAAUUCAUCAAAAUAACAAUAACAAUAAUAAUAAUAAUGGUCCUGAUUCGACCACUGUAAAUGUUAAUAAUAUGAAUAACUCAGCACCACAUCAUUUCCCUCCUAAUUCACUUGAUAAUGGUUCUCAAUUUAUGACCAACAACAAUAACUUAAAUCCAAGAUUUCCUAAUCCCUCACCGAAUUGUGUUGCACCUUAUGAUCCAAAUCAAAGAUUCAUGGGUUCAGAGGGUCCUCAAAGAUACUCAUUUCCCUACGAUGAGGGUAAUCGUGUGCCACCCAAUGGACCAGGUUUAAUACCUGGAAACGGCUCAAUUUCUGGACCUGGACCAGGACCCUUGGAUCCACCUAUGAGACCUGCCAACAUGAUGAAUUGUAGCCCAUACAAUUAUGGUGGCCCUCGUAUGGAUAAUGGUCCACAUCCACCACCGCCACAACAACAACAACAACAACAACAACCUCCAUUCAUGAAUCCAGGCGAUAAUUACAUGAACAAUCAUCGAAUGCGAAUGCCAGGGGACAUGGGAAUGCCGAGGUAUAAUGCUCCCAUUAACGAUGGUUCUAUGCACCCACAAUUCAAUCCUCGAAUGGGAGGUUACCCACAAGUGAUGCCCGAUCAGGUGCCAUUCAACGGUGGCCCUUCACCUCAAGGUUAUUUCUGAGGUAAAAACGACAAAAGCGACAAAAGUUUCUUCCUCUUCGUAAAAUUGGUAAAAUCUGAUGAGACGUAAACACAAAUACAAACCAAUCAUUAAACUAAUUUGAUGUAGCCUACAUGUGAUAUAUUUGUCUUCUUUAACAUAAAACCUCGUCAUCUCUCAUCGAGGUGUAAAAUUGUCUUUACACUGAUGAAUAAAAAUAAUAAAUAAAAUGUCACCAUGAAAA